CCGGAAGUUUUGAACGAAUCAUACGCGGGAAAUUACUGUUCGCUUGAACGGGACUGAAGAGGAGAUUUAUUAAAAAUGAAGGUUGUAACAUGUGAGAUUGCGUGGCACAACAAAGAGCCAGUCUACAGCCUGGACUUCCAGCACAGCACUGAUGGACGGAUUCAUCGACUGGCCACAGCUGGAGUGGACACGACAGUCAGACUGUGGCGGGUCGACACCGGCCCCGAUGGGAAAGCUGCGGUGGAGUUUUUGUCUAACCUGGCUCGACACACAAAGGCAGUCAAUGUGGUGCGUUUUAGCCCAAAUGGAGAGCUGCUGGCAUCAGGAGGAGAUGAUGCAGCCAUUCUGUUAUGGAAGCUAAAUGACUCUAAAGAGCCUGAGCAGGCGCCUAUAUUUCAGGAGGAUGAAGAUGCUCAGCUCAACAAGGAGAGCUGGACUGUUGUAAAGACAUUAAGGGGUCACAUAGAGGAUGUGUACGACAUCUGCUGGGCACGUGAUGGGAACUUCAUGGUGUCAGGGUCUGUGGACAACACUGCUGUGAUGUGGGACAUCAACAAAGGACAGAAGCUUUGUAUUCUAAAUGACCAUAAGAGCUACGUCCAAGGAGUGACAUGGGAUCCCUUAGGCCAGUAUGUAGCCACCCUCAGCUGUGACAGACUGAUGCGUGUGUACAGUACUCACACCAAGAAGAAAGCCUUCUGUGUCAGUAAAAUGAGCUCUGGGCCACUUGCAGAUGGAGAGGUCAAACAAUACAGAAUGUUUCAUGACGACAGCAUGAGGUCGUUCUUUCGACGUCUUUCUUUCACUACUGACGGCUCUUUCCUGCUUGCCCCAGCUGGAUGUGUGGAGAUUGGAGAAAACAUCAUUAACACCACCUACAUCUUCUCCAGGAAGAGCCUUAAGAGGCCAAUUGCACAUCUGCCGUGCCCGACUAAAGCCACGCUAGCUGUGCGCUGCUGCCCUGUCUACUUUGAACUGAGGACCAAGAAGGGAGAAGAUGGGUCCGUUCAGACUCUUCCCAACCUAUUCCAGUUGCCGUACCGGAUGGUGUUUGCUGUUGCGUCUGAAGACUCCAUCUUCUUGUACGACACGCAGCAGACUCUUCCUUUUGGCCUGGUGUCCAACGUGCACUACCACACCCUCAGUGAUCUGACAUGGUCUCGUGAUGGUUCCUUCCUAGCCGUUUCCUCCACAGAUGGUUAUUGCUCCUUCUUGUCCUUCUCUCCUGGAGAGCUGGGCACUCCGCUCAAGGAGCCCCCUACCCUGGAGGUCUUUGCCCCCAACACUGCUGCUGAGAAAAAGGGCAAAAAGUCGGCCAAGACAUCCUCUCCUGUAACCCAUCCGCCAAACUCUGCCCCGACUCCUGCAUCCCAGUCUGGACUCAACAAAGACGCCUCCUCUGCCACCCCUCCAGAGGAGAAGAAGAGCACCCCCAGUGCUAAGUCCAAACCACAGCCCCGUAGGAUCACCCUAAAUACCCUGGAGGGCUGGGGGAAGCCAUCCACCCUUAAAACCACGGCUCCUUCAGCCCCUCAGACCUCGACAUCUGCAAGCACUAGUGCACCCUCUACACCGCAACCUCGUCUCACCCCUCUGACUCCGACCAGCUCUUCCAAGCAGCCUCGCAACGCCCCUCUGACCCCGACCAGCUCUUCCAAGCAGCCUCGCAACGCCCCUCUGACCCCGACCAGCUCUUCCAAGCAGCCUUGCAGUGCCCCCCUCACUCCCUCCACCCCCAAAGUCCUUAGCAGCGCUAACACUGCAGGCACCACCACUCCUAAGGGAACAACACCAAAGGGACCAACACCAAGGAGAGUAUCUCUGACUCCUGUUGUCUCUCGCUCUCCAGUUGUUAGUUCACUCUUCCGUACUCCCUCAUCCACGGAGAAGGCCAAACACGAGCGUCCGUCUCCUCCCACCGAUCCAGUCUGCCAGCCUCCAGAGUCCAAACGGCCCAAGACCAGCAAGCCUGCAGCAAAGACCAGUGGCACCAAGGCUUAGUGGUUACUGGGAUCAACUAUGUCAGAAAAACAGGACUGAAAUAUUAAAGUUUUCAGUAAAAUUAAAAAAAAAAAACACCAAGGUUCUCCCCCAUGUACAAAACCUCUAGUAUUUGAUAAGGUUGAAGUGUGCUCAGUCAAAAAGACUGCAGUAAAGAACCUGGAGUUCUCUUUUAGUCGUGUGUAUGUUUUGUAUUAUUACGUAAAUGAGCAUCAUUGUGUAACAUUAGAUUUGUCUGACAUUUAAGUGCUUUUGUAAAAUGAAAUUUUCCCUUUGUAACAAGAACAUGUGAUUUAAAAUAAAGCUGUAAUGAAAAUAUAGGAAGGCACUCAUGUCAAAGUGCUGCCCUGUAAGAGAUUUUCAAAACAAUCUGAGUCUUCAUUGCUGAAGAUUUCUUAAAACUCAUGCAUUUAAAGGGGAUUUUUUCGUUGUCUAAUAAAAUAUUUUUUUGU